AUGGCCAGAGGUAGACAGCGAAAGACAACAAAAGGUGAUUUCACUAAAGAACAGAUGGGGGCCGCGGUUCGAUUGGUGAUUGAGGAAAAAAUAAGCCUGAGGAAAGCUGUCGAAAGGACUGGGAUAAAGUUUCAAACUCUACAACGAUACGUGAAAAAACAAAAUACUGCUGGUGAGGGUUCAAAUAUCCGGCUUACACCCAAUUAUGCCUGCCGUCAAAUUUUCACUCCGGAGCAAGAGGACACCUUAGAAGAAUAUGUUGUUAUUUGCGCCAAGAUGUGCUAUGGCAAAUCGAGGAAGGACUUGCGUUCUUUAGCCUACGAAGUGGCAAUAAUUGCGAACCAAAUCAAUAUUCCUGAGAAUUGGCGUAUCAAAAAAAAAGCUGGUUUGGAAUGGCUGCAUUGUUUUAUGGCGCGUCACCCAAAUUUAUCUGUAAGGCAACCGGAAGGAUGCAGUCUUUCACGAGCAACUUCUUUCAACCAACAUAACGUGAAUCAAUUUUUCAACAACUUGGAGGAGAUUUUUAGUCGUACACCUGAAUUUGCAGAUGGUACACGUAUUUACAACCUAGACGAGACUGCAACAACUACAGUUCAAAAACCAAAAAAAAUUGUUGCCAAAAAGGGAAUAAAACAAGUUAGCUCUGCUACUAGUGGCGAACGGGGAAUUUUAGUUACUACGUGCUGUGUAGUAAGUGCAUCUGGCAACUUCACCCCACCUGCGAUGGUGUUCCCCAGGAAAAAUUUUAAAGAGCACAUGUUACAUGGAGCACCUUCUGGAACAUUGGGUCUUGCUCACUCUACGGGUUGGAUGACUACAGAAUUAUUUGUCAAAGUUAUGAAACAUGUUAUCCGCCAUACGUCUACCAGCUUGGAAAACCCUUCCCUGCUAAUUAUGGACAGCCACGAAACUCAUUUAUCAGCAGAAGUUAUAAUGCUGGUAAAGAAACAUGGGGUAACUGUAUUGACUCUUCCACCUCAUUGCUCCAACAAACUACAGCCGCUAGAUUUGUCAGUGUUUUUUCCGUUUAAAUCGCACUACAAUGCAGCAAUAGAGUCAUGGUUACUCAGAAAUCCUGGACGCCCAAUAACAAUUUAUGACAUUGCUUCGUGCGUUGGGGUAGCCUUUGAAAAGUCAAUGACACCUGGAAACAUAACAUCAGGCUUCAAAAAGGCGGGAAUUUAUCCGUUUGAUAAGCAUGUCUUUACAGAUGACGAUUUUCUUGUCAGUAGCGUAACCGACAGAGUUUUUCCCGAAGAACCAAUAGAUUCAUAUGAGGUCAAUGAUGUUGAAAUGGAAACACAGAAUCUGCCAAGUACAUCAACCGACAAGGAUUAA